AUGAGGAAGGAGAUGGACGAGUUGAGGAAUGCCAUUAAGGUGAAGACAGACCAAAGCGUAGACAGAAUGGUAAGGGCCACGGAUUCACCUUUCACUACAGCCGUCCUUGAAUGCUCUGUGCCAUCAAAAUUCCAUUUACGUCAGCUUGAGCCGUACGACGGGCUCAAAGACCCUCAGGAUCACCUCAAUACCUUCAAAACGACAUUGGGCCUUCAACAGCCACCCGAUGAGAUAUUGUGUCGUUCCUUUCCCACCACUCUCAAAGGGGCUGCAAGGGAAUGGUUCACAAAGUUGCCCACAUCAUCCAUCGACAACUUCGAACAGUUAAGCAGCGCUUUCUUGCUUCACUUCAUUUGGGGGCAGUUUCCUAAGAGGCCAGCGGAUCACUUACUCACCAUUAAGCGAGGAGAAAAGGAAACCUUGAGGUCAUAUGUGAAACAUUUUACUCGGGAGACCCUCGAAGUAGACGAAGUUGAUGACAAAGUACAGCUGACGACCUUCAAAGCAGGACUGAGAUCCAGAGAUCUUGUGGCUUCACUCGUGAAGAACCCUCCAAAGAUGAUGGCGGAAAUGCUUAUAAAAGCACAGAAGUACAUAAAUGCCGAAGAUACUUUAGCAGCCAUAAAAGACGUGGAGAGGCUAGGGGACAAAGGAAGAAGGGAUGACUAG